CAUACAGGCUUGUGUUGACAGCGUCCAAAAUGCGGGCAGGUGUACCACUUUGUGGCCUUGUAGGUCUACUGCUUCUAUCAAGUCUAUUUUUCGUUCAGGAAGGUCUGGGCAGCGUGGACGUGUAUCUGCAUUUCCGCAACUACAUCAACGUCAAAGGAGUGACCACCGAUAACCGAUGCUGCGAUGAGAACCAACAUCCCGUCUUCGGCCACGUGUGUCCAGACCAGUGCGACACACAAUUCGUCCUCUGUCUUGGCAGUAUGGCCAGUCAUGCCUGCAACGGUGCGUACUUAGUCACUGACGUCACAUACAACGCCAACAACAUCACCUUCGACAACCACAUCGGGAACAGGACGCUCAACCCCGUUGUUCUGCACCUACCCCACUGGAACCCAGUAAGUCAGUGA